CUCUCGUUCUGCUAUAACUGCUCUGAGGCAAAGUCAGUUCCGCGUAAAGUCUGCUAUAGCUAUAUAGGCAGACUAAUACAAUAGAUAUACGUAAACUCCGCCAGGCAUACACACAGCGGAGAACGUAAUUAUACAUGCGAAAUGUGCGUUGACAGUGACGAUGCUCCGUGUCACGUAUAGUCCAGGAUAAUCGUAGUAGUGUGUAGACCGUAGUAAGCUGCUGGUGUCACGCGCAGCCUUCUCUCCGUUCGUUGUCAUAGUUAUGUUUCCUCGCAGAAGACGACGAUAAGAAAACAUGCAAAGUCGCACGAUAACCGGGGAAGCGCAGCAAGUUCGAUUGUUUUAUCGUCUCCUCGUCUUCGCUGCUGCAGCAGCGAGCCACGCUAUGCACUAAUAAUAACGUUCUGCAUAUUUCGCCGCGUGAUGUUUCACCAGAGCGCAUUAACGUAGUACAGAGCAGGCAUAGCGAUAGACAGAUUAGAGCAGCAGCAGCAGCAGCAGCAGCAGCAGCAGCAGGAAAAGCCAGUCGCACAUUGUCUCGUAUUACGGAUCGAGUCGUCGUCGUCAGCUGCUGCUGAAGAUACACACGUACAUACAUACAACGCGUAAUGACGACAGUGCCAAGUGGUCUUUCUACUUUCUACUAAAUUUCGAGAAAUCUCUGAAGAAUGUAGGCACGCUAUAGAGUGUGUCGAUUAUAGACGGAACUAUGGUGAUUCGAUUGGUCUUUAGUAGACGACGACGCGCCUAAUGCUCGACGACGUGCGUGCGUGUGUAUGAGUGAUAUGUGCCAGAAAGAUAAUAUUUGCGAAAAAAUGUGUGUAACACCGUCGCUGAUCAACGAUACCGUGAGGACAACAAUACUCGUUCAAAUUUGCCGGAUGAUCGUUUUAUUAUUCAUAAGCAGAUGAGACUUGUGACACUUGGUCGUAGCUUCUUUCGCUCUUCUCACGCACCAGACACCCUUGUCAUAUUCAUAAUUAAACCCUACGCCGCCUCCAAUUUUUUAUAUAUGCCUCUGCAGCCUACCAUCCCAAAAUGUAUGAUAACGUAGGCUAUUUUUUAACAACAGUCGCUAUCAUAUUCGCCAUUAUUGCUGUUUUAUUCGACAGCUUUUUCUGGGGAGUUUUUCUAUGUAUUUUAUACGCAAGUAGUUUGGUAUGGGGUACUCAGAUUAUUUGUCUUGUAAAAAAUGCUGUACUAAGCCAAUCUAAUGAAAACUCUGCGCUAGAAGCUGAUAAGUCUUGUGGAGUCUGUGGUAAUGCUCAAUGCAAAAGGCAUCGCAGAUCUCAUAUACAUCCUAUACCAAAAGUUCCCAAAGGAUUUGACGCAGCUUUAGAAUGCCUUUUAGAGGAAAUAUUACAAACUUACGUCUGUACCUGGUAUUCUAGUUUAUCAUCUAAUGAAGCAUUCGUCCAACAGUUAAGAUUAGCCAUUACAACUGCAGCUACUAAUAUAACUGGUCGUUUGUAUAAAGCUGAUCUUUCACAGAUUAUUUUUAAUAAUCUCAUACCCUUGGCUCUUCAUCAUGCUAAAGACUGGCAAGAGUUGACAAAAAAAGUAAAAGAUUUAGGGGGAACGCCAAAUGAUCAUAUAGCUGACUUUUUGGGUUCAAGAAUCCAUCCAGCUGCUUAUUCCAGAGAAGCAGAACUUAAUUAUUUGAGAGGCCUUGUUGCUACAUUGUUACCACAUUUAUUGCCUGCCACUCAUGUUUCUAUUAAUAAUCAAGUAAAAGUUAUUCUUCGAGAAGUUCUUGCAAAUUGGGUUUUACUGCCAGCCAUAGAUGCUCUUGCGGAUCCUGAUAACUUAAAUAUGUUGAUAGCCCUUUGCACACAUCAUGAAGGAAAAUUUUCUCAAUCUACUGACACUAUAUAUGUUCCUAUGCUUCAAAAAUGGAUUUCCAAUCCACAAAGAACUCAAGAUAUUUCAAAUACGCUAAAACCAACAUUGGAAGAAGUCUUGAAUGAUCAAGACUUGCUUUAUUUAUUUAUGCAACAUAUCAAAGACUCUGGAAUAGUUAAUUUACUACAGUUUUGUUUAAAUAUUGAUGAUUUAAGCAAAAGACUACUGAAUCCAGAUAUGAAACCUGAAAUGGAAGAGACGCUACAUGCAGAAGCUCUAAAAAUUUACUCAACUUAUCUUGAUCCUGAAGGGCCUGAUUUUUUAAAUUUACCCAUCUACAUAAGCCAAGGAAUGAAACAAAUUCUAGACCAGGGACCGAGUAAAGUGCAAGAGCUAAGAACUUCAAGACCCUUGUAUGAAGCUCAUCAAGAAGCUCAUACGUUGUUAGAAAAUACUUGGCUUCCUUCUUUUCAUCAUACAUAUCAAAUUUAUAAAUUUUUAUGUGGCGUUCCUGUUAUCAAUACCAAUGUCAAAACCAGUACCCAAAAUAGUAUGUCUAGUGGUGGCGUCGGUGUGGGUACUCGUAUUACUACUUCUUUUGGUAAAAUACGCAGCGUUUUGAAAGCAGCCUCAGCCGUGGAAGGUGCACCAUUCAAUGCCCAGCAAAUGUUUCAAGGUGCCGAGGAAACGAGUGGUACUAGUACCGCCGUUCGUCCGCCUAGUCGUGAUCUCAGCACUUGGAGAGUUUCGAUACCACAGGUCGAAGGUUCUGGUGUACAUACACUUUACACAGUCGCCGUCCAUAGCGUGUCUACCGACAGGUCUUGGCAAGUUCUGAGGCGUGAUCAGGACUUUUAUGUACUCCGAGCAAGGUUAUCAGAGUUCCACGGUGAUAAAGAACUCAAUGAUUCACCCUUGCCAACGAGAAAAAAUGCAAAUUCGUCGCAAGCGGCCAACAGGCAACGUUAUCAGGACUUUUUGCAACGAUUACUAGCCAAACCGACGUUGCGCAGUAGCGAACUUCUGCACACAUUUCUCACGGCACCGAAUCUAAAAUCUUUAUCGGCCAAUCAAACCACUCCGGAUAUUGGUGUCCUCUAUCAAAGUAUGGCACACAAAUUACGCAAGGAAAAGGGACAACACCUCGACAAGUUCAUGAACCACUUUUUGGCUUCGACGAAUUCGGAUUUGCCGGACAUGGGUGUCGAAGUGGCUGGCGAUCAUACCUUUAACGAAAGUCAGAUUCGUGGGCGUGAUUUACUCGGCAUGGGACCUUUCCGCAACAAUUUGAAUCUCGAUUCAAGAAUACAAAAUUUCCCGUACAUUGUAAAUAAGCUGCAGCACACGAAAGGCGCCUGCUUCUGCAUAACUGAAGCCAUUGAUAGUUUAAUUGAAGUACCCGGAACGUUUUCAAAACUACUCUGGGUAAUGGCUUCGACCUUUCGACACAGUCUUGAUCCAUUGAUUAAUCGAUGGUUCUACAAUAUGAUAGUAAAAUUAUUGAGUGGUGGCAGGGCAGCUCUUGUAGUAAAACUUUUACAUUCGACUAUUUUUGAUACGGAUUUCGAGGACGAAGAUUUUGAUACCUCCUCACCAAAGCUCGAGGCCGAAGAGCACUACAAUUUAGCGAAAAGUGGUCUUUACAAUCUUGUGCCAUGGUGGGUGUUUGGUGUACAUUCCAAGUGGUGUGAAUUGAUGGAUUCCUUCCUAGAGCCUAUACAAAACGCUCCAUUUAAUAAACAUUUGGCUUAUACGUUGGUCGAUCAGUUGUUGAUCAAUGUGUUUCCAGAACUGACUUGAAUCCAAUCCUCUACAAAAUUAAUCGAUGAAAAAUUGUAUUAUAUGUAUAAUAUUAUAUAUUAAAUUUAAGCGAGUGCGCGUGCACUAACGUAACGUAAUAUUUAGAAUUUUUUGUACAUUUUGCGUAUGUAUAUGUGUAAUAAUCGUCGAUGGUGUAUGUAAGACGUUAAAACAGCAAAAAAAGCAUAUUAAAGACAAAUUAAGCGCACAUUCAAAUUGGGAAAGUAAAAUUUUUUUUACUUCUACACGGGCUUUAAGUCAUAUCUCUUUUUUUUAUCAAAC